AUGGCCAAGCAAGAAGGGGACAUUUCCAUUGCGAUGGUACCAUCAAACAACCAGAGCAGCCAAGCUGCUGAGAAUGCUCACCAGGACGAAAACCUUGAAAAGCAAUCAAGCAUUCCUAGCCUUCAACCUGGAGUCUAUAGGGCUGAUGUACUUCGAAAAAGCUGGACCAAGCAAGGCUUGAUUAUUGUCUUUACAGGACUGUUUUUGUGUACAUUGGCUAUUAAUUUCGCCGAUUAUUCAACUCAGGUGUAUGCCCCGUACACAACGAGUGACUUCAAGCAACACUCUGCCAUGAGCGCAGCCCGGGUGGUCAUGAACAUUACGCGGAUCUCCGCCUAUCCCAUCAUUGCAAAGCUGGGAGAUGUUUUCGGUAGAGCUGAAAUGUUCAUCUUGUCCAUUUUGACGUCUGUUUUGGGCUAUGCCAUUUGGGCAGCCUGCACGAACAUCACGCAAUACAUAGUUGCCGGUAUCUUCGACGCCAUCGGAUCGACUGGAUUUGCCCUCACACAACAAAUCUUCGUGGCGGAUAUGACCUCGUUAGUCAAUCGUGGUAUCUGGUCAACGUUACCCGACUCUCUCACCACAAUUCCGACCCUUUACCUUGGUACUAUCAUUGGUCAGCGCAUUCUCGACCAUUCAACAUGGCGGUGGGGAUGGGGCAUGUGGGCGAUUGUCUUGCCCGUUGCAUCACUGCCAUUGAUCGGUACCAUGCUGUUUUAUCAACGCCGGUCACCAUCUCCGGUAUCUGUGUCUGAGGCGUUGGGCUGGAAAACCAACGAUCCCUGGUGGAAGAAGCUGUACCGCUUGUUUUGGAUUCAGCUUGACUUGCCGGGAGCUGUUCUCCUUGUGGCUGGGUUGUCUCUUCUUUUGGUUCCCCUGUCCUUGACGGGCUCAAAUAACAGUGGUGCGUGGACCAACGGGUCUUUUAUCGCCAUGUUGGUCCUAGGCGUGGUUUUCAUAAUAGCGUUUUUAUGCUGGGACGCAUGGUUCGCGGAGAAACCAUUUGUGCCUUAUCGCAUGGUCAAGAACCGCACAGUGGCAGCUGCAUGUCUCCUUGGGGCAUUGGACUUCUUCCAUUAUUCGGUGUUCAGUGUCUUCUUCACGAGUUACCUUCAGGUAGCUGGGAACUUCUCGGCGGGGCCUGCAACCAGAAUUGAUAACUCCCUCCGUGUAGCCUUUCAGGUGGCCGGCAUAUUCGCCGCUUUCUUCAUGAAAUAUACCAAGCGCUCCCAGAUUUGGGUGUUGAUCGGUGUUCCGCUCUGUGUCCUUGGAAUGGGCGUACUUCUCUAUCUGGUAGAUAUGGGAGAUGGCCGCAGUGGAAACGAAGCAUCUUUCGUGGCAGCCAAGUCAUUGAUUGGUAUUGGUCGUGGGUUCUACCAAACGGCUGCGCAGGUCUCAGUGCAGGCUGUGGUCGCGCGGCAGGAUGUUUCUGUUGUUACCGCAGUGUUCUUUGCAUCAAUGAGCGUGGGUGGUGCAAUUGGAACAAGCGUCGCCGGGGCAAUAUGGCGAAACACUCUCCCGAACAAGCUGCAGAAAUAUCUUCCAAGUGAACUGAAGGAUCAGGCUAAGAGUAUCUUCGGAUCAAUUGUGGUAGCUCGAAAAUAUGCCAUGGGUACUGAAGCUCGUGAUGCCAUCAAUCGCAGCUACCGAGAGUCGCAAAGACUCCUUGCGAUUGCAGCCCUGAUUUCACUUUCAUUGAUGCUUAUUGUGAUGUUUUUCUUGAAGAAUGUGAAGCUGGGUGAGGACGGAAGGACCGAGACAGAAGAAGAGAGAGACCAAGCUCAAGGGGCUGCAGAAAAGGAAGCCGACAAAAGUCACCCCUGA